AUGCAUAUUGAAAAUCCCUUUUACUCUUCAGUUUAAACUCCCUACAUUCAAACUAAUCUAACCCCUAUUGCCAAUAUGUAAAGAAAAGAAAUCGGAGAUUAAGCAAUUUGGACAUUGUCAUCUGCAAAAACAGGAAAUGGAGUAGAUCAAUUAAGAGAUGAUAAUUUGAAUACUUUUUGGUAAUCAGAUGGAACAUAGCCUCAUUAUCUAACAAUUUAAUUUGUAAAGAAAAUGAGAGUUCAGGAAGUGGCUUUAUAUUUAGAUUUCAAAUAAGAUGAAAGUUAUACUCCAAACAAACUUUCUAUAAGAACAGGAACUAAUAUUUAGGAUAUGAAAGUAUAUUUGAUAAUUAGAAUUAGGAAGUUUAAUUUAUUGAAUUGAAAGAACCUUAUGGAUGGUAUGUAUUUGCACUAAAGACUAAAUAAUUAAAUUCUUAAGAAAAGUAUUAGCAUGGAUUUAUUAGGCCUUAUGUUUCGACUAUGAAUAUCUAAAUAGUAGUAUUAUAAAAUUAACAUAGUGGAAAAGACACACAUAUUAGAUAAGUAAAAAUAUUUGGACCAAGAGAGUAAUGAAUAUAAAUUGAUUGUUUUAGGAAAUAGAAUCAAGGUUUGAGUUUUCCUGAUUUUAAAACACCUGAAAUUACUUAAUAUGCUUCAAUACGUUGAUCUUUAUAAUUAUAUAAUUAUGCAUUUUGUAGUUAACAGAGAUCCUGUUUUAAAAAGGAAGAAAGCUAUUUCAAAACGCAUAUCUCAAGAAUAAAAAAGUAUAUCUCCUUUGUAAAAUGAUAGAACUAAUUGACGAUUAUGAAAUUUUUUCAUACCUCAAGAAUGAAAGAAAUAAUCCUCCAGCUUCAUUUCAUGUAAAAUCACUUCGCUAAGUCUCAUUGACUUAAAGAUCUUAAAAAAUGGUCACACAAAUAAUAAAGGAAGAAAUACAAAAGUCAAACAGUGUUGAUAACAAGUAAUAAAUAAAAAAGAAAAAAAAGAGCUAUUUUUAACUAAAAUUGGAGAGAUAUCAAAAAGAAGUUUAAGAAGAGCAAUCGAAAAGAAGAUAAGAAUUAAUGAUUAAGUCUAAAAAUUUCUUGAAGAAAGAUCUAGAAGAUUCUUAGAAGAUAAGUAAUAAAGGAGUUAGAGAAUUUGAGGAAAGAUGCAAUUUGUAUAGGAAAUAUUAUUCAGAGGAGAUAAUGAACUCUUAUGGAAUGUAAAUUCAAAUUAUUAUUUAUGUGGAAGACAAGAAGAUCUUAAUCUCCCUCUACACAAUCAUUCAACAAUUGAAAACUAAAACAAAUAUAAAGUUCUCUUGA